AUGGAUACCAUCUUGGUUUUCAGCCUAAUCAUUACAUCCUAUGAUGCUAACAAGAAAGAACUCAGAGACAGCGGCUGCCAAGUGGAACUGCUGUCUGGUCUCUUCCUCUCAAAGGAACUGGCUUCAUUUUCCUCUCUGGCUUUUCUCCUUCCAGAAGCUCAGACAGAAGCCAACUGGCCCACAUUCAUCCUAAAUCAGACUGGCUUGCAGUGUCUUGGUUCUAGGAGCAAAGUGAAAGUCAACCUUGUAUAUUUGGAAAAAAGGCGAAAGGUCAAGCACACUCUGAAGCACCUGAGAGUCAUGCUGUUCCCCGCAGACAGUACUGCCCCCGCAACCCCGAGCUGUCACCUAACCCUCACGUCCAAGGUUCAGAUUGGAUCCCUUGUGACAGGCAAAGCUUUUUUACCAGGAAUCUCCCAGUGUAAGGUCUACCCAGUGAUGGGGGCUUCAUCAGAGACUUUUCCCAACACUACCACCUUCGGAACUCCUGGGAGAAAAGGAGAGAAAACUACAAGGAUUGAUGAUUUUUCUAGUCCUCUGAAACAAGACACAGAUGAGGCCCUAGAGAAGAGGAAGAAAUGGAGCAUCGUGGUCAAAUUUCUGAUUGCAGUCACCUUGUUUUUCAAUGGAAUUGCCAUUAUAGUGUUCGUCAUUUUUGAAGUCCCAUGCCCUAGUCAAUGCCUAGGAGCCAGAGAGCUAUGCCAAUGCCAGAGGUUGUGGAGAAGGCAAAGAAAGGAAUGCCAGCAACCUGGUGUAGCUGAAUCCCAGACUGACUCUCAGCCCAAAAAGGAAAGUGGUUUCUGUAUGGCUAUUGUUGAACAAGAUGCUCCCAAAUCAUCAAGCCCCAAGAAAGCAGAGAUCACUACUGUGGUCCACGAGACAUGGGUCUCCAGUGCCUCGAGGCUUCAGGAGGACGCUGACCUUGCUGUUACCCUGCAGGUCUCAAAUCCCAAAGGGCCAAGGUUGCGGAAGAGGCACGUGCGGGGAGCCCCCGAGGACCCCAUCACCCGCCGCAGCACUGCUCAUCCAUCUCCCUUGCUCCUGCCCCACGAGACAUACUUCUGA